UAUCAUGUGAUCAUCCAUGCAACAAUUGCAUUGUAGUCCGUAUCAUCUAGAGACCAGAUUUCAUAUAUUCAGCAUCGUUUCUUAGAUCAAGAUUUUAAAAAUGUCACCACUUGCCACUGUUGGUAUUAUUUCCAUUGGAGAAAUGGGUAUGGGUGUUGCGAAGUUGCUUAUUGCCCAUAAUUAUCGUGUGGUGACGAAUAUUGAAGGUCGAAGGUUGGUGUAUUUAUCUUUUAUGACUCAAACUAUUAACUAUCUGCUCAACAGAGCGGCGAUGUUCAAAAUGAAUUAAUUUUUAAGAUUUUUCUUAAUGGGAGAGAAUGCUCCAUCGAGUCAGGAGAUAUGAACAUGUGUAGUGCUGUUAUUAUUAUGCUUGGAAUGGAAUUGGCGGAUGUCUAUGAUGAAGGAGCCAUUCUCGUUCUUCUGUUCUAAUAAAAGAGUUCCCAGUGGGAUAAGAAGCUACUAUACUUUGAGAACAUCAAAGUUGGUGGGUCAAACUUGAUUGCAGAUACAUAUUCAUUCCAAGAUCUCCUCUUUCAACACUUCUUUAUUUUACAAUGAACUCACCCUAUUUCACUCAGCCAAGAUACACAUCAACGCGCUCAAAAAUCCAACAUUGAACUUCUAUCUACAGAUGCUUCCUUAGUCUCACAAUCGGACUACAUUCUCUCCAUUGUUCCUCCUCGCGAUGCACUAUCACUGGCUACUCGGAUUACUACGGCCUUUAACUCACUCUCUCCGCCAAAAUCCUCUCCACUCUAUUAUCUCGACCUCAACGCCAUAGCGCCUGCUACUGCCCGCUCAGUUGCUUCUCAUAUCGAUGCCACAUCACCAUCCAUUAGAUUUGUCGAUGGUGGAAUUCUUGGCGGUGCUCCCAGACUCAAAACUGACAGGACCACUCCCAACACCACAGCAUCCAUUGAUCCAAACCAAGAGCACAAUUGGAGUCGUCCUUCAAUACCCCUUUCCGGACCUCAUGAACUUUCCAAGGCUCCUAUAUCCGGUGCCCAUUUGGCGGAUCUCUUAAAUACUAAUUAUCUAGGUGAAGAAAUUGGUAAGGCAUCGGGCCUUAAAUGUUGUUUUGCUAGUACGACAAAAGGGUUUACUGCCUUAUGCAUUCAAGCAUUUACGUCGGCUCAAAGAUUGGGAGUUUUAGGAGAAUUGGAAAAGGAAAUGAGUGAGAGGGUACCUGGAUUAUGGAACUCAGUAGGCGGAGGAAUGACAGGUAUGCCACCGAAAGCUUAUAGAUGGAUAAGAGAAAUGGAGGAAAUUGAGAUGUGUCAUGGGGAAACGGGAUUUUCUGGUGGAGAAUCAACUAGUGGAAAGGAAGAGGAGGGCAAAGGUAUCUUCGGAGAAAUCGCCGACGUUUACCGAAUCGUAGCAAAUGAAACCGUUCUUGGAGAGGAAAAAACCGAAAAGAGAAAAAGAGGAACGACGGUACAAGAUUUAGCUCAAUGCAUGACAGAGGGGCUAGCAAGCAAAAGAGCCAAGAAGGAGUAAGCUCAUUUGCUCCUCUUACGAAAUUUAAAUCCCCUCUCCUUGUUUUGGUUUCAUUUCGUCUCAUCCCGUUUAUUCUGUUCGCAAACCGAGAUUUAGAUACUGUACAUAUGCAGGGAAUAGACAAGCAUAGAUACUAGAAGGGAUUACAAUCCAUAGAAUCCAUCAAUACAACAUUAUAGA